AUGUCAUCUGACGAAGAAUCUCCAGACCAUAACAGGCCGCCUUCAAUCCCAGAUCCUCAACCUCCUCUCACUGCAUCGUACACCUAUCAUUCCCCCACUCCUACCGCUAAAGGGCCUUAUGUUCUGGGCGUAGAUGAGGCCGGAAGGGGACCGGUUCUCGGGCCUUUAGUGUAUGGCGUUGCCUACUGCCCCGCUGCCUAUGAGGAGCGGCUUAACGAGAUGGGUUUUGCUGAUUCAAAAACUUUGAACGCUCAGACGCGCUCAAAUCUGUUGAGAUCACUGAGCGGGAGCCCUGCGAACCUAGGGUGGUCCGUGAGGGUCGUCAGCCCGCAGGCCAUCUCAAGUGGGAUGCUCCGUCGUCCACCGAUCAAUCUCAAUCGACAAUCUGAAGAUGCUACUAUCCUUCUCAUUCGCGAAGUCCUGCAAAGCGGACUCGAGUUAUCUGAGGUGUACGUUGAUGCACUUGGGCCAACAAAGGCCUGGGAGGCGAAUCUUUCUGCUCAAUUUCCUGGUAUCAACUUUACGGUCACCGCCAAAGCUGAUUCAAAAUUCAAAAUCGUGGGUGCAGCAAGCGUUGCUGCCAAAGUAACAAGAGACGCGUGGAUUGAAGGGUGGGUAUUUGAAGAAAGCGCACCAGGCGUGCCAGAUGAUACCAUGACCGACGGCGCCAAGAAGGUACCAUGGAGCCUCCAGCUUGGUAGCGGCUAUCCUUCAGAUCCUAAAACACAGGCAUGGAUCAAAUCAUCGCUCGACAAGACUUUUGGGUUCCCUUCAAUAGUGCGCUUUUCCUGGACAACGGUUAAGGUCGUGCUCGAGAAAGACGGGCAUGCCUUGGAAUGGUCUGCCACGCUCAGUUGA